UACAAAUACAGAGACCUAACUGUACGUGAAACUGUCAAUGUUAUUACUCUGUACAAAGAUCUCAAACCUGUAUUGGACUCAUAUGUUUUUAAUGAUGGCAGCUCCAGGGAACUAAUGAACCUCACUGGAACAAUUCCUGUGCCUUAUAGAGCCACAGUCGGACUUGUUGGGACUCAUUCAGGUCAUGAUUGUGGUGUUUGGAGAUGAACCCCCAGUCUUCUCUCGUCCUACUGUUUCAGCAUCCUAUCCACCAUAUCAGGCAACAGGGCCACCAAAUACCUCCUACAUGCCAAGCAUGCCAAGUGGAAUCUCUGCAUAUCCAUCUGGAUACCCUCCCAAUCCCAGUGGGUACCCAGGCUGUCCUUAUCCAGCUGGUGGUCCAUACCCUGCCCUAACAAGCUCUCAGUACCCUUCCCAGCCCCCUGCAACUACAGUUGGUCCCAGUCGGGAUGGCACAAUCAGCGAGGACACCAUCCGAGCCUCUCUCAUCUCUGCAGUCAGUGACAAACUGAGGUGGCGGAUGAAGGAGGAAAUGGACCGCGCCCAGGCCGAGCUCAAUGCCUUGAAACGAACAGAGGAAGAUCUGAAGAAAGGUCACCAGAAACUGGAAGAGAUGGUUACCCGUUUAGAUCAAGAAGUAGCUGAAGUUGAUAAAAACAUAGAACUUUUGAAAAAGAAGGAUGAAGAACUCAGUUCUGCUCUGGAGAAAAUGGAAAAUCAAUCUGAAAACAAUGAUAUUGAUGAAGUUAUCAUCCCCACUGCCCCACUAUAUAAACAGAUUUUAAAUCUGUAUGCAGAGGAAAAUGCUAUUGAAGACACUAUCUUUUACCUGGGAGAAGCCUUGAGGCGGGGAGUAAUAGACCUGGAUGUCUUCCUGAAGCAUGUUCGUCUUCUGUCCCGUAAACAGUUCCAGCUGAGGGCACUAAUGCAAAAAGCAAGAAAGACUGCCGGUCUCAGUGACCUCUACUGACUUGCGUGAAAUCAGCUGGAGGUCGGCCUCUUCCUGCCGCGUUCUUCUCUUCUCUUCUCUUCCUUUCUCUUGAUCAGUAGGUGCCCAGAAUAAGUUAUUGCAGUUUAUCAUUCAAGUGUAAAAUAUUUUGAAUCAAUAAUAUAUUUUCUGUUUUCUUUUGGUAAAGACUGGCUUUUAUUAAUGCACUUUCUAUCCUCUGUAAACUUUUUGUGCUGAAUGUUGGGACUGACUAUGCUAAAUAAAAUUUGUUGCAUAA